AUGUCUAAGACAGUCUUCAUAUUAGUCGAAUUCUACCUUCGUCCGAAUGGGCGUGUCAACCUGCGCUUAAACAACUUCACUUUCUACAAGCAUCUGAAGGCUCGCAGCAACGCCCACCGUUGGAGCUGCACAGCGUAUGGAUCCAAGUGGAAGUGCAAGGCCCACCUCAUCAUCACCGACAAACUGGAGGUUCUCAAGGCUAACGUGGCUCACAGCCAUCCGCCGAGCGUCAAGAAGGAGUCGCGGCUCAUGAAUCCACCUAUCUACAAUGGAGUCUACCGUCAUAAUAAAGAGAAUGGGUUCCCUCCCCGCCCACCUCCGAGCAUGGUCAAUCACCAGCCUCCCCCGCUCACUCCUCUCCAGGAUUACCUGAUAGCGCACAGUCUGUUUGUUGAUCACUAGAUUCACUUGCACCGCAUUUACCACGUAUACCCAAUAUGAUAAAAUAGUUUUUAAUGCGCAACUUAAAAUUAUGUAUGUUCCUAUUUUUUUUUUGUGACCAACAUCACAGUUUUGACUAAAUUAGGUUUAAGGUAUUGGUUUCAUAAGUUCUUAUCACAAUUUGAAGGUUUUUGUUAUAAUGCAUAUGGUUUUGAGUUAACCGGACUUUUGCGUCGAAAAAUGAGUUACCUUUACUUUUGAAAACAAAAGCGCCAUGUUUUAGUUCUAAUAAUAAUUUAACAUAUUUUACUUUAAAAUGGUUUCACUUAAAGCUUAUAUUUGAGCUUGACUGCAUUUAUAUUUGUAGACUAAGAUAGUUUAUUAAUUAUUGACUGAAUUUGCGUAGCUUGGGUACGGGCAGUGAAGGCAGAUAUAGCCUAUUUCUGUGUGAGGAUGACUUUUCUCACUAAAGUAAAGCUAUGAAAAUGUCUCUAAAGGGAUAGGUUACAAGC